UAAAUACGAAUGUGCGGCUGCAGUAGACAUGACAAGCAGAGUGGAGGUAGCAGACGAAGUACAUUCAGCUGUACUUCUCGACAAAACCGGGAAAUAAGCAACUUUGCUUUGUAAGACGACUUCAGAAGGGAAAAUAGAAACACUUUUAUCAUGGUGCCAACUGAGAAACAAGUAGGAGCUUUGACCAUCACUGUGCACUCAGAGUUACCUGAAGGUGACCCACAAGGGAUGUUUGUCAUCAAGAUCCAUCCCACAGCAACUGGGCGUCAGUUACUACGUUUGCUGUGUAGGGAGGCAAAUAUAACUAUGAACAGAGACUUUGCGCUGCAUCUACUCAGUGGUGAUUUAAUACCUUUGGAUUAUUCUCUGACCUCAGCUAACAUUCAGGAGGGCAGUGUGGUAUAUUGGAAAAGGGAUGGAGAAUUAUUCUAUGCACAAGGGACAAAGAGGUGCAAUACUUAUUGGUUCCUGGGAGGAGUGAGCCUGCUAAUAGGAGUAGUAGGCCUCAUUGUCAUUAUCUACAUCAACCAAAAAAAAGAAGAUUAUAAUAAUUAUGGUGUGGUAUUUGAUGCUGGUUCCUCCCACACUUCUAUGUUCAUCUACAAAUGGAAUGGAGAAAAGUUUAAUCAAACAGGCCUUGUGGUGCAGGAUGGACCAAAGUGUAAUAUCGCAGGUGGGGCAAUCUCUGCAUAUGUCAACAAUGCAUCUGGUGCAGGAGCUAGUUUGAAGGAAUGUCUUGAUUUUGCUACAAGACAAAUUCCAGCAGAAAAAUUAAGUCAAACACCAGUAUAUUUAGGUGCCACAGCGGGUAUGCGUCUAUUAGAGAAAGAGAACAAAAGUGCUAGUGAUGCAGUCAUGGAAUCUGUUCGGAAGAUGCUGUCCCAGUAUCACUUUCAGUUUGCGCAGCCCCAGUCGCAGUCUCGUAUUUUGACUGGCACACAAGAAGGGGCUUACUCUUGGAUCACAAGCAACUACCUUUCCGGCACUUUUCAUGUGCAUCCACCAUCAGAUGCUGUUGUUCCAGACCUUAUUGUAAGCUCUGUUGGAGCACUUGACUUAGGUGGUGCCUCUGCACAAAUCAGUUUUAUACCCAACAACACUCAGGAACUUCCAGAAGAAUUUGUGUUCAACAUGAAUUUGUAUGGAGAAAAGUACUCACUUUAUACCUACAGCUUCCUGUGUUUUGGUAUUAAUGAAGCAGCCACUCGCCUGCAGGCUGUUCUUCUACAGGAUCAAAACUUUACAAGAACAGUCAGAAAUCCAUGUGCUCCUAGGGGUAGUGUUGUGAAUGUUUCUCAUGCAGACAUCUUUACCUCACCCUGUGUCACUGGACCAGAUUCUGUAUUUGCUUUUGGUCACAAAAUACACCCACCAUCAGACAAUAUGCAGGAUACAGAAUACAGUUUUGUCGGUGAGAGCAAUGCUUCAGCUUGUGAUGCUCUGGUGAAGAGCAGCCUGUUCAACUUUUCAUCACCUUGUAACUUCUCUCAUUGCUCAUUUAAUGGAAUCUUCCAACCUCCAGUAUUUGGUGAUUACUAUGCUUUCUCUUCAUUUUUCUACCUGAUGGAGUUCCUAAAUCUCACCUCCAGCAACUUAAUUUCUUAUUCUCACUUCACAAAUGCAUCUUCGAAACUCUGCAGUAUGGAUUGGGACCAAGUUCAACAUAUGAAGAGCGAUGUUACAAACAACCUGGUCUGGUAUUGCUUUCAAUCAGUCUACAUCAACAUAUUGUUAGUGGAGGGGUAUCAGUUCGACCCAUCUACUUCUUGGAAUUCAAUCCACUUUGUGGAAACAGUUAGCGGCAUAGAUGUGGGCUGGACUUUGGGAUUCAUGAUCAAGGAAAGCAGUGAAGCAUCAGUGAUGAUACCAGAAGAGCCCAUGAACACAGUUUUAUUUGUAUUAUUGGUUAUCCUUUUUGUAGCUUUCAUCAUCAUUGCUUUCUUGUUUGCUGUGAAAGGCAGACGCCACUACAGGAUUCAGAGACAUUAUAGUCCUAUCAGCAGCUAUGGUUCAGUCUAGUCAUGCUACACUUUAGCACCUCUGAGACUGAUCUGGAAAAGGCUUAUUAAACAUCGUUCUGUAUCCCCACUUUUUGAUUUUAGGAUCCUGAACCUUUUAAGUUUUGUAACCAAUCAUUUCCCAUUUUUGAUUUUCUCUAACACUGUGGUCUAUUGACUUUGAGGAUGAGUGCACAACUGCAAUCCUUAAUUGCACAAGCAGCAAGGAGAGCCUGCUCAGAAUGUGCUCCAAGUGUUUUGACAAAACCAGAUUUUAUGUUUUUCACCUUUAACUCUAAGCCUUGUGAGUCAAUGCCAUUUAGACAGCCUGUGAUUAUAGACUGCUUCCCUGAAAUUACCUUUGUUAAGAACAUUCCUGAUACCUAACUCUAUAGAGAGUUGGGAAAUGUAAAGAUUAGUAAGGGGAGAGAAUACUGUGACAUGGCACACUUAUCCCAGCUGACCUAGUUGUGGUGUGGAUAACUCUGUAGAGGGGGAAAUAAGGCAUCAAGGGAGAGGAGGGGGUAGCACUUGCACAAAAGCUAACCCCAAGAUACUGUAUACUGACUAAGGACUAAAUUGUGACCAUAAGAUCAGGGGACUACCUUUUUUCUGCAUGUUACAGAAAAUACAUUUUGGGGUGUACUUCACUUCUGCUAUACUGUGAAAGCACAUUUUUACCAAAGAACAAUAUAACAAAGUAACUUUUUUUUUUGGGGGGGGGGGGUUAUGGGAAUCAAAGAUUUGGUCUAUGACAAAUGUUUUUUGUUGACAAUUUCUUUAUCUUUGAACCUGCAGUGCUUGGUGAGGUAAUGAAAAACAUGUUAACGAGAAUGUGCCCAGCUGAGAUUAUCUCAUAUCAAAAUAUUUUCAUAGCUUGUUUUGUAUAAAGAUGUGGCACCACUUUAAGCUCUAGUCUUUGUAGAAAUUCUAAAAUUUAUUAAUACUACUGCUCGUGAAUCAAUCACGAUUAUGCUUUGAAUAUUUGUUAGUCAUGAUUUUAAGUAUGACUGUUUAAAGGUGAUGUGAUUGCUAGAAAUAACAAUUCAUUUGAAUUUAUGUAUUCUAGUUGAAAAGAUUAUAUCUCAUGUUAUACAUUUCACAUUAUGAUUGGACAAAUGAGAUCAGAAAUGGUUGUGCCUUGUAGAGGGAGUGUGCAAUUGUAAGAAAAUUAGACUUCAUUAAUAUGGUAUUGUUUCUAAGAUUAAAUUAUUUACAUUGUAACUGAUUUACAGUAAAUUGAAAAUUUGUUGCAUUAUGUAAGGAACAGAUCUUGAUUAAAAGCUUUUGUAAAACAAA